UGACUGUUGCCGCAGGGCUCUACUAUUAUUGCAGUUGUAGAAAGCCUAAAGAAACCGAAUAAUUUGUUUGUCGGCAACCUUAUCAAAAUGGAAGCUGAGACUCCGAGUUAAUUCAGACUUCUUCCUGCAAAAAUGUCCAAAAAAGAUUCAAAAGUUUUGGAAGAAAAUGAAAUCUUGAAAACACAAAUCGAUGCUUCCAUUGGCGUUGCACGCUCACUUGUACAAUCAUGGCUACCGUCACCUAAAGCUGGAGAGAAACUAGACGAUACCGAAGAGGACGAAAAGACAUUUUCUCGUUAUUCAACGGGUCGACCCGACAGACUAGGUUUGGGAGCCAAGUUUCUAUCUCAUAAAGAAGCGAUUCAACACCAAACGCCUACGAUCUCAAAGAACGAAUUGAAACUACGGAACAAGAUUCUUAACCAGAAUCGGCGAGCGGAUACCAACGCAGACGAUAAUACGACGAGUGCAAAACGAAAGCAUCAAGAAGUAAGCGAUGACGACGAUGAUGAAGAAGAGUCGCGUACGAGAUCGGUAAAAACAGCGCCAAAAGCAAAACAAGAGUCAACAACACCGGAGCCUAGCAACUACAGCAAUAGCAGUGGUAGUACGAACAAAAAAAUUGGAGCUCAAGGGGACUUUUUGUCAAUGUAUCUCUCGGAAAAAGCUGGCAAAAAGAAAAAGAAAAAGAAGAAUAAAAAGACAGGUCAAAAUAGUGGCGAUGCUGCUGAGUCAUAAAGGAAACGAUAUAUCUCUACCAACUUUUUUUUUGGAAUAUGGUAAGAACAACGUGUUGCA